AUGGCAAUGAGCUUCAUCUGGAGUUUAGUUCAUGCUUGCCGAGAAGGAAUGCUUUGCUACUCGUGGCUUAUGAGUAAAGUUGAUGAGCAGUUUCUAAAUGAAGGAGCAUGUGCACUAGCAAAAAGAAUGGUUGAUGCGUGGCCGUUUGAAAGACUUCCGGGUUUCGGAGAAGGUUUUGACCUGGAUUGGACCCAUCUGUACUGUGCCCGCAGCGAGUGCUGGUACCACGACAGCCUAAUUAACGCCUUGAUGAUGACCCUGGCGGAGAAUUUUAAGAACAACACAACGCUUUUCCUGCCGCCAUUGUAUACACCUGCGCCGAGUAAAUGCAAACGAAUCCCUCCUCGAACGCUGAGUUUGGUAGCAGCUGCUGACAAGGAUUUGGUAUUUAUGCCUUUGAACAUCAACGGAAAGCAUUGGGUGUGCCUCGUUCUUGAUCGACCAAGAACAACUAUCUACUGCUACGAUAGUUUCGACAAGCGGUCGAACCAGAUCAUGCUCGCAGAGUUGGCGGAAGAAAUUGGGCGGAAGGCUCUUUCAGACAGCGAUAACUGUGGUCUAUUCAUCAUUUUGCACUUCUGGCGACGAUUCGUUAAGGAAAUGGGAAGUGAUUACACGACGGUGGGAUUGCUGCGCCGGCGGUGGGACGUUCUUCGGACCGUGGUGGACUUUAGCGAUGCGAGUAAAGGUGAACAGGACUAA